AGAGCCGGGCGCUUGUUCUGGGCUGUGGGGAGGCGGUGGCGGAGAAGGAGGAGGAGAAGGAGGAGGAGCUGGGUCAGCAGGAGGCAGCGGCGGCGUCCGCGCUGGGGUGAUGGUGCAGGUGCUUGGGGCCGGUGCGGAGCUGCCUGGCUGAGGGGCGCCUGGUCCGGGGUCCGCAGCGCCGCCGCGUCUCUCCCGGGGGCGGGAGGGCGGGAAGAUGCUGAGCAGGUUGAUGAGCGGCAGCAGCAGGAGCCUGGAGCGCGAGUACAGCUGCACCGUGCGGCUGCUGGACGACAGCGAGUACACCUGCACCAUCCAGAGAGAUGCCAAAGGCCAAUACCUGUUUGACCUUCUUUGCCACCACCUGAAUCUGCUUGAGAAAGACUAUUUUGGGAUCCGCUUUGUGGACCCUGAUAAGCAGCGGCAUUGGUUGGAGUUUACAAAGUCUGUGGGGAAGCAGUUGAGAUCCCAGCCUCCAUUCACCAUGUGUUUCCGCGUGAAGUUUUACCCUGCAGACCCUGCUGCCCUGAAAGAAGAAAUAACCAGGUAUUUAGUCUUCCUGCAGAUCAAAAGGGAUCUGUACCACGGCCGCCUCCUCUGUAAAACAUCAGAUGCUGCCUUGUUAGCAGCUUAUAUCCUUCAAGCGGAGAUUGGGGAUUAUGACCCAGGAAAACACCCUGAAGGCUACAGCUCCAAGUUCCAGUUUUUCCCUAAACAUUCAGAGAAGCUGGAAAGGAAGAUUGCUGAGAUUCACAAAACAGAACUCAGUGGCCAAACACCAGCAACAUCAGAGCUGAACUUUUUAAGAAAAGCGCAGACGUUGGAGACAUACGGAGUGGACCCUCACCCGUGUAAGGACGUGUCAGGAAAUGCUGCAUUUCUGGCCUUCACUCCUUUUGGGUUUGUUGUUCUGCAAGGAAACAAGAGGGUCCACUUCAUUAAAUGGAAUGAGGUGACCAAGCUGAAAUUUGAAGGAAAGACUUUUUAUUUGUACGUAAGUCAGAAAGAGGAAAAGAAAAUUAUUCUCACAUAUUUUGCUCCAACUCCAGAAGCCUGCAAGCACCUCUGGAAAUGUGGGAUAGAGAACCAAGCCUUCUACAAGCUGGAGAAGUCAAGCCAAGUCCGCACAGUGUCCAGCAGCAAUUUAUUCUUUAAAGGGAGCCGGUUCCGAUACAGUGGCCGAGUUGCAAAGGAAGUGAUGGAGUCCAGUGCCAAGAUCAAACGGGAGCCACCAGAAAUACACAGAGCAGGGAUGGUCCCCAGCCGCAGCUGUCCCUCCAUAACCCAUGGCCCAAGGCUGAGCAGCGUCCCCAGGACCCGGAGAAGAGCUGUUCACAUCUCCAUCAUGGAAGGCCUCGAGUCCCUACGGGACAGUGCCCACUCCACCCCGGUACGUACCUCCUCCCACGGGGACACUUUCCUGCCUCACGUGAGAAGCAGCCGGGCAGACAGCAAUGAGCGAGUCGCCGUGAUCGCGGAUGAGGCCUACAGCCCUGCAGACAGCGUGCUGCCCACCCCUGUGGCCGAGCACAGCCUGGAGCUGAUGCUGCUUUCCCGGCAGAUCAAUGGGGCCACCUGCAGCAUUGAGGAGGAGAAGGAGUGUGAGGCCAGCACCCCAACUGCUGCACAGAUGGAGGCCCUUGGGGGAGAGCUGAGGGCCCUGUGUCAGGGGCACAGCAGGCCAGAGGAGGAACAGGUGAAUAAGUUUGUUUUAAGUGUCCUCCGUUUGCUCCUUGUGACCAUGGGACUCCUCUUUGUUUUGCUCCUCCUCCUGAUCAUCCUUACUGAGUCCGACCUUGACAUUGCCUUUUUCCGCGAUAUCCGCCAGACCCCCGAGUUUGAACAAUUCCACUAUCAAUACUUUUGUCCCCUCAGGCGAUGGUUUGCCUGCAAAAUCCGCUCAGUGGUGAGCCUGCUCACUGACACCUGAGAAGGCAUGAAUCCUCCCAAUAACUAGCCAGGUGGACCAAGGAGCCCGGCUACCCAUUCCCAGCAAUGGGACCCAUCGCGGAACCAUCGGCACAUGUACCAAGUCCUCCUCUCAUGACUCAAAGUCCACAGCCUAGGAGGGUCGUUUCCCAGAAGAAGAAAGGGAUAGGCUCAUGCCUUGUCUAAACUAACUGGGAAAACUCAUUUCCUUCAGAGGUUCUUUCAAGAAAGGCUCAGCGACUCUGUUUCUCAUCCUCCCAAUUUGCAGGAUAAAAUUUUUGGUUUUGAAUUUUGAUUUUUUCAUAGAUGUGUAUUAUUUUGAAAAUAUCAAAAAUAAUUUAUUUUAUUAUUA